UGGGAAGGACAGAAAUAUGCAUUAGCUAAAUGUAUCCUUUGCUCUUUAGGUUGAGAAGGUUCCUUCUUUGCAGGAACUAACCAAAGUGAAAAGGAGCAAGUCCUUAUUAGGCCUCAGUCUUGGAGACCCAGACAUUUCUCACUGGUGCUCCAGUUCUAUCCAUAAUGAAGCGAAUGCACCAUUUAAAUCUCCAGUGCCGGAUGGAUCGAUGAACACUCGGCAACUGUCAGGUCAAGAGGACACUGAUCAUAUUAGCACUGGCACUGGCUUACCUCAGAACAAGACUGAAAAGGAAGUCUGUGCUGAACCUGUUCCUCUUAGUUUUGAUGACUUACUUAAGAGGAAAGAUGUGAAAGUCCUCGCUCCUCGCCUUCAUAAAGCAUUCCUGUCUGAACAGAAAGCCAGUGAAACGUAUCCCGUGGUGUACAGCACUCAGCAGCGUCAGUACGAGCCUUUCGGCAGCCCAGGUUUCCACUCUCUGGAUCCACCAACACAGAUAAGAAAGAGGAGCUUGCGUUCAGCUAUCAUUCUCUAUACCGAGGCCAUGCAGGCAAAGUAUUUGAUUCGUAACAUGAGGGAAAGACAUGCAAGUGAAGGCCUUGACAGUUACAGGCCAUACUCCCAGGCUGAGCUCAAGGUGAAGAAGACUGGAGGUAAUUGUGUCAACAUGCGUGUGCUCACAGCUGACGGAAAGGUGAUCAAAUCUCCACAUCUCGCCCGACUUCCUCUCCAUUACCAUGAUGAAACCUCAUCAUUACGUGCAUCCACACCAACUAAAAAAAAUUUGCUUAUACCUAAACAGCAUGUUUUAACUCCAUGUGUUGGCCAUGUGAUUAAUGGAAUGAACCCCAUUGAGUCUGGAAUGAACACCAAUGAAACCUGUGAGGCUGGAAAAAUCACUCCAGCUUGCUGUAAAGCACCACCUGCUUCCCCGAGGGGAUGUGCUCACACUUCAACACCACAACCUCGUCGGGGUCAAGAAAUCAAAUGGCUUUCCUGUCAAUCUCUGUGGUUGCUGACCUGAUUUCUUUGUUUCUCACAAGGAUAAUGCUUCGUCAUGGCAACCAGAGACAAUAAACAAUCCAGCUGCUGAUAAUCUCUAAUAUAUCAAAGCAA